AGCUCAGCAGCAGUUGAGAAUGCAACAACAGCAGGCAGCUCAGCAACAGGCUAAGGCUUUGCAACAAACAUUAAUUCAGAAGUUUCCCCUUUACUUCCAGAGACUUCGUCAAUUGCAAGUCGCUAGACAGAGACAACAGCAACAGCAGCAACAGCAGCAACAACAACAACAG